GCGGGGCCGGCGGCCGCCCCUCCUCUUUGGUGCUGCUCUAAAGCGGGGGGCCGCUCGCUCGCCCGCCCGUCCGCCGCCUCCGGGUUCCGCGCUCGUCAGCACGCGCCCCCUCCUGCGGGCCGACACCCGGAGUGAGCCCGGCCGGCUCGGGGCGCGGCGAGGGUGGUCUCCCGCCUCCUCCUCCUCCGGACGGGGGGCGCCUCUCGCCCUGGCCGCCGCGCUCCCGCGCACCUCCGGACCGGCGGCGGGGAGCUCGAGCGAAGGCUGCAGGCGGCGGCGGCGGGGAGGCAUGGAGGCGGCCGGGCGAGGCCGCUGGGCGGGCUGCCCCUGGCCGGCUCCCCGCGCCCCGCUCUGGCUGCGGCUCUGCUGCCUCCUGCUCCUGCCCCCGCAGCCGGGCAGCGCCACCUGGACCCGCGCGGGGCUGCACUUCGCCGCCCGCAGAAACUGGUGUUCGUACACAGUCACCAAGACGGUUUCCUGCCACAUCCAAAAUGGCACCUAUCUCCAGAGAGUUUUCCAAAGCUGUCGCUGGCCUAUGAGCUGUUCAGGGGGCAGCUACAGGACAGUGAUCAGACCGACAUACAAGCAGGCGUACAAGACAGUCACAGCUCUGGAGUGGAGAUGCUGCCCUGGGCAUUCAGGAGCAAACUGCGAUGCAGAAACUAUCAACUACCAGGAUAUUCCAGGCGCCACACACGGGAUCCCUGCCCUGAGCAGACUGCCUGUCCAACCUGCAGCGUAUUCUGGCUGUUUCAACUGCAGCAAAUUCUCUAAGCUGUUGGAAAGAGUCAACCUCCUGGAAGCCAAGGUAGCCACCUUUACCACGCCCGAAUCUGUGCCCUCGCCCGUAUCUCACCGACGAUUGCCCCCAACAGGCAAUGCUGCCCCUAAUCCCUUAAAUAUGUGGGACUCUCUGGCCACCCAAGGAAAACCCGGAGAAGAACAUGUGAAAGGAAGAUUGGGUUUGCAAGGGCCACCGGGCCCCGUAGGGCCCAAAGGAGAUGCUGGGAUCCGGGGGCCUUCAGGCGUUCCUGGGGUCAAGGGUCCAGUUGGACCACAGGGUCCUCCAGGUCCCCCUGGCCCACCAGGACGAGAUGGGGCAAGGGGGGUCCCUGGAGAGAAGGGGCCUCCUGGACCACCAGGACCACCAGCCCCAGUCAGGCCCCAAAUUUCACCAAUCCCAGAUCAAAGGGACUUGCUUCUCUCCAACUCCUUCACUGAAACUGGUGUAACUGGUCCAGUUACAGCUGGACCUCCUGGCCCAAUGGGUCCCCCAGGACCUGCUGGAAAACAAGGUUCUCCAGGGCAUGAUGGAAUCCCAGGAACACCAGGUGCUGUUGGGGCUGCUGGUCCUCUUGGACAGAAAGGAGAGAGGGGUGAACCAGGCCCCAAGGGUGACCCGGGUGAGAAAGGUUCCUGGGCCAUUAGCUUGCAAAGCUUCCUAGAACAGCAAUCCCAACUGGAGCUCCUGGCUAGGAGAGUCACCUUGCUGGAAGCUAUCAUCUGGCCAGAACCAGAUCUGGGAUCCGGCCUCGACCCUGUGGCCACAGGGGGACCCGGCUACGAUCGGAGGAAGCGCGACGAGAACUUGGUGGCCUACCGGGUGAUUUCACACCGGCUUUCCCAGAAGGGAGAGGACAAGACGAAAUGAAGAAGAGGGGUCUGCCCGCCAUAGGGCGUAGAAGAGGACUGUGCCUGGAUUGAGAGACCUCCUGCUUGGAGGGGGUGCUGAGCUCCACCUUCCUCCUCCCUCCACCUUGGACUGCCCACACGGAGAAGUGAUGGAAGGAUGGGUUGCUCAAUGGCUGGAGUGGGGACAGGCCUUUGCUAACAACCCUACUUUGUAUUUAUUUGCCCUUUCCACAUAGGGGAUUUGUUCCUGAUGCCAUGGGGUCUAGGCCUCUGCUUGCCUUUCACUUGCCAUGGAUGAUCCCACAAGGCAAUUUGGCAGGGAAGGGUCAGCACACCUGCCUUUUUGCCACCCUCUCGUCAGUGGCUGCAUCUCUCCAGCGUGUGUUCAGAUGCUUGUGACCCCAAGAUGCUUCCUCUCUCGCAGCGCUGCUUUGCCCCAAUAUUUUAGCCUUCCUCUAAAUUGGAUCCUUUUCCCCUCCUGGUCCCCUAAGCGAGGGAGAGAAACAGCCAUUCCAGGUCACUGUAAAGAAUGGACAGCAAUGGGGUGUGACUCCAGUCAAACCCCCAGCAGCCAAGCAGAAUCGGAGCCUGCCUGCUUGCACUUCCUGGGAGCCGGAAUUUCCAAAGUGUACUUCUGGAGUCCAAUGAGAGUGAGUCUUGUGGCACCUUGAAGAUAAACUGAUUCGUUGUUGCCCAAACUCUGGGCAUUUGGUGGCGGAAGCAGACCAUGAUCCAUGAAAAGCUUACAUGGGGUUAAGAUGGGAGUCUUUAUUUAUUGUCCCAACUUUUAAAAACUUGUGUAUUUCUCUUAACUGUCCUACUUUAUUAUUUUUGAAAAAGAUUUGUUUGGUGGGGAGCAAUUUGGAGCUGGGGGGAGAAUGACGGUGAAGCGAGGAUUGCUAAUUUGUCCUUUCCAGCAUCAAUCGAUCGAUUUUGAAAAAGAUCUGUUUUCUCCUGCUUAAAAAAUAGUCUUCGUGCUUGUUCA